CCCGCGACGCCGCUGCAGACAUGACGCGCCCUCCGCAGCUGCCGCUUCCGCAGCCCCUGGUGCUGCUCGCGCUGGUGGUGACGGCGACGGCGGCGCUGGCGGCCAGCGCCGUGCCCGGCCACGAGCGCUGCCUGCCCGGCCGGCUGGCCGUCUACCGGCUGGUGCUCCAUACGCACUGGACGAGGGCCCGCUUCCCCAGGCACUACCCCGAGUGGCGCCCUCCCGCGCAGUUCUCUCCUCUCGUCGGUCGCACGCACAGCCGCGACUUCCGGCUGUUCCGCGAAGGCGAGCCGGCCAGCGGCGGCCUGCAGGUGUUCGCCGAGACGGGCCGCUGGGACGGCCUGCCCGCGGGCGGCGGCGUGCUGGACGCCUUCGACGCGCCGGCCGUGGCCAGCGGCCAGGGCGACACCGCAGCCUCCUGCUUCGUCGACGGCAACCACACUCUGCUGUCCGUGGUGGUUCGCCUCAUUCCGUCACCAGACUGGUUUGUUGGACUAGACAGCCUUCCACUCUGCAAGCAUGGCAAAUGGAUUGACUCGCUCUCAAUAGAUCUGCCGCUGCUGGACGCCGGCACGGACGACGGGAUGACGUUCACGGCGCCCAACUGGCCUAGCGACCCAGCCCACCCCGUGUCUCGCAUCACGUCCCGGGAGCCGUCGCACCCCGGCGCCUCCUUCCACUACCCUCAUCUCGACCAGCUGCCCGCCAUCGCAACACUGCAUCUCCGUAGGGAGCGGGUGUACCGGCAGAUGGGUACGGUCGCCAAAAGGCGCCCCGUCGUGCAGCUGCAACAACCGCAGCCGCAGCAUCAGCCGCAAGCGCAGCCCGAAGAGGUGCCGAGCGUCACGCUGCCUCUCGGCCGUGACGUCAGCAACGAGGUGGUGUCCGCCGCCGUCGCCGUCCACACUCGGCGCUUCCGGCGCCGCCGCCGCAGGCUGCACAAGGGCGCCGCUGCCGGUCCGUACCGAGACAGUGUGGGCAGCACGGCGUGAGGCGGCUGGCGGCAUCGCGCUGCGUGGUUGGCGAGUGGAGCGAGUGGUCCGACUGCAGCGCCUCUUGCGGAGCCGGCGAGUCUCGCAGGAGCCGCGCCGUGCUGAGGACGGGCGCGCGGCCGUGCCCGACGCUGUCCGAGGCGAGGCCGUGCGCCGGCGUCGCCGCCUGCACGCGCCGCUUCUUCUCCUGGUGACCGCCGCCGCCGCCGCCGCCGCCCUCAAAUCUCCCACCGACCACUGCUUCCGCUGCCGUCACACCUCACCGUGGCCGACCGAUUUACUGCAAACGAGGCACAGGCUGGAGAACGCCCGCUGCUGACACGAGCGUUAGCUCUCUGUUUUUUCGUAACUGCAGUCGAGGCAGUCUUCUUACUCCAUAGACGAACUGUUAUGUAGCUGUUUACUACUACGUCAUCGCAACGCACGUUUUACAGAAGUCAUUUAGAGUUUAAUUUCGUCACGUUCCUUUUUCGUUGUCAGGAUUAAAUUGAUGCGGAUAUCAAGCAUCGUGAAUAGAAAUAAUGAAGAUAACUGUAUAGCUGUUUAACAACACUAAUUACAGAUACGCUGGAACCAGGCACAUUUUGCAUCACAUCGUUUAUGGUCUUGGUCGAAAGCGAGCUGAAUACUACUUCACUUCAGUAACAGGUGUCACAUGGUACAAGGACGUGACACACACCUGUCGUACGCCGUGUCACAGCCCGAGCGAAUAAAUACCACAAAAAGUAGUGAAAGGAUUUCUUCCUGUCCAUCAUUUCUAGCUAUUUUUCUAAAUCGUUUUCACAAGAUACAAUCGAUGUUGAAAACGUAACUGCCUGUUCAUUCAAAGAAGUCGGUGAUUCUCGCGAUAAGAGCAUAUCUUUUCAUACACGUUUACUGUUAAAACUAUAAAUAAUUAUAAAAAGCUGCAAUUUUGAAUAGAUCACUAAGUGCACUUAAUGUCUCCUUCGCUCUCUCUCUCUCUUCUUCUUUGUCUUCUCUCUCUCUCUCACGUCACUGUUGUCAUCGUAGCCACUAAACUAGUUUUUCACCCUACCUAAGGUGGCCGCCAAUCAUUUGACAAUGGUCUCUAUGGCUACAACUCGUUCGUCCUGGUCCACAAAUAAAUUUUAAGUUUUUCCACAAGCGGACAGCUCGGGGAAAUCAUGGUUUUUAAAAUUCAACAUUUCCAAACAUGUUGCUAAAUUGCCGUGCCAGUACUUUAGCCUCGUCAAAAGAAGCAGAACGUAGCCAUGGCUGUGGACUGCCUAUGUUUUAUUUACCAGUGCUAAGGAGAAAAUGUAUUUCGUCUCCUCCUGCGCAAGAGCGUGGGAUAUAUUUCUUGCUAUAUAAGACUAUUUCUUGUUAUAUAAGACUGGCUAAAAGCUUCUAAUUAAUAUUAGCUUAAGUGUUGUAUUGUGCAUUUCAUCACGUGCAGUUUGGAUCAGUAUGAAGUUUUUUCGAAGAAAUGGGCAAUACGUCACUCUGUAAUAUCUGAGGCGGGUCUAUGAACACGACAAAAUACUCUUGCCAAAAUGUAAUCGGCUCCUUACACAUUAAAUGAUAUCAACAAAACGAUAAAAUCUACAUCUACUUAUAUACUUUGCAAGACAAGGUGCAGCGUAUCGUGAAGAGUGUAUCGUGUCAGUAUUGCAGAUUUUCUUUCCUACUUCAUUCUCUUUCUGACUAUGGAACAUGAGGAUGAUCCAGUGAACUGUUUGAGGUAGGGAACUUGGGGUCGGAGAAGCGAGCUUAAGGAGAUAACAGGAACAAAAUCACAAUAUCGUGUACCUUUUAUAGACAUUAUUUACAGUUAACUGCAAAUACCACCAUUUACACAAUGAACGUACAAUUUGUAAUGCAGUGUGUUUCGAAUCACUUCACAGGCAGGUACAAUUCUGGCAAUUAAUUUCAUCCCCGUAUCCUCUGGGGUCUCAUACACAAGUGACUUUAGAUAUCCCCAUAGGAAACAAUGAAAGGGAUUCGGGUCAGGUGACCUCGCAGGCCAUGGAAAAAGACCUCCCCUUCCAAUCCAACGAACAGGAAAUACAGCACUGACAUCGUUACGGCCAUCCACACUGAACUCAGGCGGUGCAUCGUCGUGUUGUAUCCAAUACCUCUCACGAACAACCAAGGGUACGUUCUUCAACAACUCAGGUAGAACUCUUUGCACGAAACUCAAGUACAGGCGGACAUUCAGAUGGCAUCAUGCCGUCCUAGUAAACAGGUUCGUCCUCCUUGUAUCUUUGCAGGAAAUAAAGAAUGUACAUGUAAAUAAAAAGUACAGUACGUGUAAACUUUUACGUAUAUUAAUUGUAAGUGGAAAACGGGAAUACUAGACAAAGCGGGAGACAACUUUACUUCCAUAUCUCCUUCAGUUGGAUUCUCUUACCCCAGGUUGCCUACUUCAAAUUGUUGAAUGGAGAAUUCUCUAUGUCCUGUUACAUUUUUGCACGCUCUAAUGGGAACAUUCUGUGUGUCUCUGUACGCACUAAUCCGUCUUAUGAUCCCCACCAGAUAUUAACAUUGUAUCAGCAUAAUAGUAGUCUCGUUCUCUUCAAAUACAGACACUCUAAAUUUAGUUAACAGGGUUUCCCGCGAAAUGCUUCUUCCUCCAAGAAGUACAAGUUUCCCUAGCAUUUCUAUUGCACUAACGCAUGGGCUACCGCCUUGUUGCGAAAAUAGCAACGCAUCUCUGAAAUAGUUCUGUGCCUGCUACCAUGCCUACUUCACAGUUUGUCCAAGUCUUUCUGCAGUUCUUUCUGAUCGUCUACCGGAGGUCCUUUCAUGUAUACAACAGCGAAAAAUCUUACAGUGCUGCUGUUCGUCCCUGAUAAAUCGUUUACGUGUAUUGAAAACAUCAGAGGUGCUAUUAGGCCUCCUUGGGUCACAUCCUAUAAUACAUCCCCUUUUGGUGAACAUCCACCAUCAGGUAUUACGUGUUGGAUUUUAUCGGAUAUUCCUCAAGACAGUCACUUGACUGUCCUAACACAUAAAGGAAAUGUAUUGGCAAUUGCUAAUAUAAAUCACCAUUUACUGUUUAUUAGAAUGACGAUAAUGGAAAAUUUGUGCUGUGACGGGACCUGAAGCCAGCCUUAACAGGUUCGGCUAUCCGUGCACGAAUCAUGAUCAGAGCCAAACUUCCACAUGUCAUCGUCCUUCUGUCACAACCUUCACUCAUACAUUACGUAUAUUCCCGACCAGGAAGGAUAUAUUUACUGAGAGUCGACUGCCUGGUAUUUCGUAGCUACUAAAAAAAGAGUAUCAUACUGAUGCUUAAUGACUAUAAACGGCAAAGUGGUUUCUCUAGUAAACAGUUGAUUUCCUAAGACGUUCCGCUUUGGCGUGAUUAUCUCUUGAGCAACACAUCCAGGACCGCUUGAUGGAUCUGACACACGUCGUUCAAGGGCCAACUUCCUCUCGCCGCAAUCUCCGACAGUGGGCGAAGCCCGGCUGCAUUAAGUUAAUUGUCCUUGAUCCGGACUCGAGUGGAUCACAUUUCCUCUGACGUUUUCGCCGUUGUCGUUCAGAAACGUCGUCUGCAGCUGGUGGAAGCUGUGCCAGAAAUGACCGGCAGUUUAGAGGGAAGGUCGCGAUGUGCGGAGGAGCGGGCCACAGAACGAGUGCGUGUUACACAACCUGUCGUCCGGGCCUGACAGCCUUAAUUGUGCCGUAAACAUGGAAGCUCAUCGUCAUGCCGCUGAAAUAAAAAACACAGUCUGUGUUGUGACUGCACAGCCGUUAGUGUCUCGAGAGCUCAUUGCAGGCGACGACCCACAGCUGUUCUACACUUUUAUGAUACCACAGAAACCGUGGCAAGCAUGUCAACUUGCAUACGUAAUGACCAGCAACACAAAACAGCAGGUUGGACGCUGCAAAGUCUGAGAGAAAGACUGUAGUCCGCAGAAUGCAAGCAGAAAAAAAAUAU